GGACGUAUGAGCCAAGCUCCGAUAUCGUAUGAACAGAUAUGUAAAUGCCUCAUGACGGCUGGAGCUCUUCCCUUUCUUUCUUUCCUUCACUAUCACCUCAUAUACUCUGAAUUCUAAUGGCCGUCGAAUUCGUUCCUCUACCUUUGCCAGCUUCAGCAGACGCAUCAAAAUUCAUAGACUUUGGAAGAGAAGUUAGGGGCGUAGAUCCUGGCUCGUUAAGCCCAGAGUUGUUUGAACAAAUCAAGGAUGCUUUAUACAAGCACGACGCGCUGUUGUUUCGCGAUGUGAAGCUCACGCCAGAGCAACAGUAUGCUCUCACUAAGGCUUUCGAUCCUCAGUCGGAAAACUAUGGCCAUGGAAACAACAAGACCGAAGGCACGAAGAAAUCCAUUCUGCAUCCUGAUUUGAAGACCAUUCCUCGUGUUCCACAAGUCCAACUUAUCGGAAAUGGGACCGUUUACAAUCACGAAGGUCUCGCCGAAGCCAUGUUGAAACACCCUUCGCACAGUACUUUCCAUAAGACCCGAGUCACUCCCGAAGACGAAGCCAAGGGCAUUACUCGGUUCUACAGAUGGCACAUCGACGCUGCUUUAUACGAUUUAUCGCCGCCCAAAGUCACUACUCUCUAUGGCAUCAAUGUCCCUAAAGGCAACCACCAGACAUGUCGAUACGACGAUGGAACUGGUGACGAACUCGACGUGCCUUUGGGGACUACAGCAUUUGUUAGCGGGAAAACCAUGUUCGAUAUCCUACCUAAAGACCUGAAGAGUCUCGCUGUACGAAGCCGAGUACGAUAUGCGCCACACCCGUAUGUGUGGAUGGCUCCUGCACAUGCCAUGUCCACUGGACUGGGCAUCGAGAGUGAGGGUUUGGAGCUGCCAUUGGAUGAACUUCCUCCAUGGGAGGAGGAGCGUCGGAAGGUGCUUCCCGUUGUGUGGAAGAACCCUGUAACGGGCAAUUUGCACUUCCAAGUUCAUCCUUGUGGUGCUGCGGAGCUUAUCGUCGACCCUCUGCCUGCGGGAGCGAGUCGGGACGGCGCCUUGUAUCCCGAUGGAGCUCAUAUCACUGAUCUGAAGGAGGUUCGGGAUUUGUUAUACAAGAUGCAGCGACCAGCUAUCGCUCCAAAACUUGUGUAUCCACACGAUUGGCGCGAGAACGAUCUUGUCCUUUUUCAUAACCGUGGAGUUCUCCACUCUGUUGUAGGUGCGUUCACAAAGGAGCAGGUCCGUGCUUUCCAUCAGUGUAACCUCGCUGCUUCGGAUGACCCUUCUGGUCCCACGAAGGAGGACGUCGAAGCUUAUGCGUAGAGGGGGAAGUAGAUCCACAAUGUUGUACAAUAAAAGGUCACGGAUAAUGU